AUGUCGAUAGAGGCCAUCAGGGAGCGCCGCGCCCGCCUCGAGUCCAUGCUCACCGCCAACAACUUCCGUCUGCCGCCCCUCAAGACCGCCUCCUCCUCGUCCUCCACCUCCUCCUCGAAGACGCCGCAGCAGCCGUCCAGACCAUCCUCGAGGACCCCCCUCCCAGACAUCGGGAGCAGCCGCCCGGGAUCGCAGGAGGGAGCCCAGGAGAAGAAGGCGGAGAAGCAGAAAGAGAUGACGAAGGCGAAGCAGAAGGAGAAGGAGAAGGAGAAAGAGAAAGUGAAGGAGAAAGAGGAAGAGAAGGAGACGGGAGAACUGAGAACGGAGACGAAGGAGCGACACGAGCAACAGCAAGAGGAGAUGAUGGAGAGGAUGAGGAAGCAGAUGCAAGAACUGAUGCAACAGCAGAUGCAAGAGCUGAUGCAGAGGCAGAUGAGAGACAUGCAGAAGCUUCUGGAACAACAGAUGGAACACAGGAUGAAUUACAACCAGAAGAUAGGCGAGAUUUCACGUCGUGGGGGGUCGGGUGACGCCGCAAAGGAACAGGGGAAGAAAGACCAAGAACGGAAGAAAGAGGAGAAGGAGAAAGAAAAAGGGGAGAAGGACAGAAGGGAAGGAGAAUCAAAGGCAAAGAAAAAGGAGGAAGAACCAUCGAAGGCAAAGGGAGAUAAUCAACAGUCGGGUAAAAAGAAGAAAGAACUGAAGAGAAAGAAGGACGACGAAGAGAAAAGGAAGGAAUUAGAAGAAGAGUUAGUGAAGAAAUUUCAAGAGAGAAACAAAGUCGUCCAUAGCGGCAAGAUGAGAGAGACGCCGCUUUAUUCUGAUGAUGCCUUCUUGCCCGGAGAUAAUUACACAGUGGACGUUGACUAUGGCAAGGACGAAAACGAAGAGGACAAGGAAAACAAAAACGGAGAAGAGGAAGAAAAAGACAAAGAAAAAGAAGAAGACCCGAAGACGGAAGAAGAAAAAGCACAAGAAGACGAAGACGAAGAAAGCGACGAAGAGGACAUAACAGACGCGAAAGAUGACAUAGUGGAAGGGUUGAAGAGCCAGGACAAGAGGCGCCAGUUGGUCUGCGCCGAAAAAGCCCGCCAUCUGCUCUCCUCGCCCCGCCCGCCGCUCAACCAGCUGAUCGCCGCCGGCGUUCUCCCGCCCCUGGUCCUCUGCAUGGCCAGGCAGGACGCUCCGGAGCUACAGCUGGAGGCAGCGUGGGCCGUGACCAACAUAGCAUCAGGGAAGUCGAAACACACCAACGCUGUCGUGGACGCGGGCGCCAUCAAGGUCCUCAUCCAGCUGCUGAGUUCGAAAAACACGGGCGUGAGAGAGCAGGCGGUGUGGGCGUUGGGGAACAUCGUGGGCGACGGACCAGAGUGCAGAGACCGGGCAAUAGCAGAAGGUCUUGUCAAACCGCUGGUCGGCCUCCUCAGCGUCACCACACCUGCAUCCAUCGCGAGGCAGGUGUGCUGGGUCAUCACCAACCUAUUUCGGGUCAAACACCCAGUCAUCUCGCCGGAUGAGAGGAAGAUGUGCGCCGAGGCUAUCAAGAGACUCGUGUCACACUUCGAUGCUAAGGUGCAAGCUGACUCCCUGUGGGCGGCGGCCUAUUUCGCCGACAUGGGCUCCGGCAGCAUCGACGAGCUGAUCGAGUGCGGCGCCGUGAAGGACAUGGUGCAGCGCCUCUAUUCGCAGGACGACAAGGUGGUCACGGCGGCACUGAGAGCCACGGGGAGCAUCGCGGCGGGGGCCAACCACCAGACCGAGGCCGUGGUGACGUCAGGAGCGCUGCCCAUCUACAGGGAGCUUCUCGGCCAUUCCAACGUCGGGAUAGCUAGCGAGACGGCGUGGAUUCUCUCGAACGUGACAGCUGGAACCCCGAGCCAGAUACAGAUGGUGAUUGAUGUGCAGGUGGUGCCCGCGCUCAUGACGGCGGUUGAGAAGCGCAACGAGGAGCUACAGAAGGAGGCGUCGUGGGCGCUCUGCAACAUGGUCUCGGGCGGCACGGAGGAGCAGAUCUCAAUGCUGAUGUCCCUAGGCGCCGUCUCCUCCUUCUGCCACUUGCUCAAGUCUCAGGACGCGGCGCUGGUGAUGCUCGGUCUGGAGGCUCUCAGUAACGUGUUUACGAAAUCCCAGAACGAGGAGGCGACCGCCCGCCUGGUGGAGGGCGUGGGCGGCCUUGAGACCCUCCGCAGCCUUCAGUCGAGCCAGGACCCGAAGGUGGCGCAGACGGCCUCCACGCUGCUCUCGCUCUUCUUCAGCAGCAGCAGGAGGAGCAGCUACGGAUACUGAUAGGGGAGGGGGGCUGGCGGGGGCGGAGCAGCUGUGUUUUUCUUGUAUGUUUGUCG